CAUUUCAUUGGCCUGGCUUGCCCCCUUCCCCGUGAGCUAAUUGGAGGAGCGGGAUGGAGGGGACGGAAUCCCCUUUGGUUUAUUGGGAGGGGGGAGCGGAGUUAUGCCCGGUCACCUGCGGCUCGGGCAGCUGUGGUGCCUCCGGCGCCUCACCCCCACCUCUCGCUGCUGCUGGGGGGAGCCGGAGCUCGAGCUGGAGCUGCCGGGCCCGCCGCUGUCAGGGGAAAUGGCCAAAGACAAGCGACACACACAAAGAACAUGGCGAGGGAAGGAGGAGUCUGAGCCGACGGCAGCUGCGCUCCCCCGCCCGAAGGACGCUCCGGGGAGGGAGGACAAUGCCCAGCCCACUCUGGCCCAGCUGCCGCCCGGCUCCCGGGGGAGGGGGCUGUUUUCCCAGGGCUGGGCGCCCCUGGUGUUUCCGCCUGCCCCACGCUGUAACAAACUACGCGCAAGUGCUACUGAACAGGACGCAGCUGGAGUGAGAUCUGCAGCGACUGUUCCUCCAGAAGUACUGAAGAUAGGAUCCAACUGCCGAGUGUGCAACUUCAGGAAUAACCUUUUUCCCCACUCCAAACUACUAGCCACAGCAACUUGCUAUUUCAUAUUACCAUAUGAAAAUCGCAUCCACUUCAUUGUGGAUACUUCUGUCACAGAUCAUAGAUGCAGAGAAUCUUCUCCUAAUGGCCAAGCAGUGUGGUGUUCCCUGGUUGAGUGUGCAUCUUACAUAAAUUGUAAAGGAAGCUGAAAUAGGAAGAAUUGGGCCCAACAAGCACAACUUCGUCCGAAGUUGAGCUGGCAUGAAGUCUUGAAACACAACUGUCAAACUGAUGGUGGAUAUCCUCUGAAGAUGCCAAGCUAAAUGUUCUUGUGGACUUUCCUCUACUAUUCCUCCCCUGUCACACACCAAGAAAGAAGGACAAAUCUUGAAAUUUUUUUUUAAAGUGUAAGAAUUUUGUGGUAUAAAAAUGUAGUGGAUAUUUUUCUUCCUUUGACUUGAUGUCUAUGUAUUUCCUGCAGUUUUAGUUAUGAAGUCUGUACUUGGCCAGCUGAUUUGUGAUUCAUUCUUGAGAGCUCUGAGUGGCAGGUACUGUAAACAUCCUACACUCUCAGCUGUGGAAAGUAAGGAAGCUGGGAGAAGGCUGUUUACUCUCUCUGCCUUGGAAAGCAGCUGGAGGGAAGAGGAUGGAGAGUAUUGCAAGUUCAAAUAUGUCUCUACUGUGAUCGUGUUGAUUGUGCUUCUGAAAACUUGCAUUUUGUAUUUUACAUUUUGGUGUCAGUAUACAAGUAAUGGAAUUAUGUAGUGAUGUGAAAUUUUAAUGAGAAAGGAACAUAAAAGGAAGGGGGUGUUAUUAAUAUGCUUCUGUGGCAUUGCUGGUAUGAGAGAGUGCUGAGUGGUAGCAAUUAAAAUGGUAUGGCACUUACAAUCUGAUGUGUGGGGGGUUUGUGGGUUUUUUUUUAAUGGUUAUUUUUUAAAAUAGAAUGAUUCCAAGACAGUAAUAUAAUGAAAAUUAAAAGUACUAGUGUAGCCAUCCUCUAGUGCAGCGGUUUUCAAGCCAAAGUGGGGCAGUCCUGGGGGCAGCUCCACCCUCCCUCUCCUCCUCUUCCUUCUCUUCCCUCCAACCCCCUUCAGGCCCCACCCUCUGGCCAGGUUCUAGGUGGGAAGCCAGAUCCAGGCAGUGCAGGGUAGCUGCUCCUUUGGCUGGGGGUGUCAUGGAGCAGGCAGCUGUGGCAUUCCCCAUUCUGCUGCUGGUGCCCAGGGUUGUGGCUGCUCCUCAGCUCCCAGCCCCAUUGGACUGCUCACACAGCUGGUCAGAGCUGCCCAGAUGGCUCUGGGUCCAGCAGAGCCCUCAGGGAGCCACUGGAACACAGCCCUAGAUGGGUGGGUGGCCUGCUGUGGAGGGUGGAGGUGGCGCUCAUGCAUAUGCCCAAGAAUUCCCCCCCUGGCCCGGAGCCCCAAGUUCACUCCCCGCUGGGCCCUGGAGUUUUUCUAGCAGGUUGAGGGAGGCUUCAGAAGAAAAAGGUUGAGAACCCCUGUUCUAGUGUUCAAAAAUGAAUAAGGCUCCCAAAAAUCAUGACUUUUUUUUUCCAAAAAGCAGCAAGGAGUCCUGUGGCACCUUGUAGACUAACAGACGUAUUGGAGCAUGAGCUUUUAUUCACCCACGAAAGCUUAUGCUCUAAUACGUAUGUUAGUCUAUAAGGUACCACAAGACUCUUAGCACUUCGGCAGCGGCAGGGAGGGGGCUGUUUUCACUCGCUCUGGGUUUUCGGCGGCAGGUCCUUCACCUGGAGCGAGUGAAGACGUGCGCUCACACACGCACCCACAGACUCCACUGCUGAAGUGCCGCUGAAGACCCGGUAGGGAACCGCGUGCUGAGUACAAGCCCCACGUGCCUGUCUCUUCUCCCCCCACAUCUGACCCCAACCCACAUCCAGCC